AUGGACGCGUCUGACAAUGAAAAAACGGUCUACGGUGCUGACCAUGAUGGAGACCGCAUGCCACAGAAACACCUGACCGUCAGCUUUCAAGAUGUGAACAUUCUAGUUCAUGGGCAGGGCGAAGACUUUGCGCCGACUUUCACCUCUGUCGUUGCCAAUUUGAUUCCGACGCGUCAAAAGGACAUUCACUUCCCCACCUUGACUGUCGGUCAAACGAUCAACUUCGCUACGGCAACGAAACUCCCCGGAUCACGGCCAGGACGCACCAAGACCAAGAACGACUACCUCGCACAUACCCAAGACAAAAUUCUCUCAGAUCUUGGAAUCGCGCACACGAGGAACACGAUUGUGGGAAAUGAGUUCAUGCGUGGUGUUUCUGGAGGUGAGAGAAAGCGAGUGUCACUAGCUGAGGUGUUGGCUACACAGGCUCCUCUGCAAUGCUGGGACAACUCUACCAGAGGUCUGGACGCGAGUAAUGCGCUUGAUUUUGCGAAAGUCUUACGCCGCAUGGCCGACGAAGAGCAGAAAACAAUCAUUGCGACGCUUUACCAGGCUGGCAAUGGCAUUUACGAUCUCUUCGACAAGGUUCUCGUGCUUGCCGAGGGACGCGAGAUAUAUUAUGGGCUUGCUUCCGAGGCACGCCACUAUUUUGAAAGCAUGGGCUUUACUUUCCCUCCUGGCGCCAAUGUAGCGGACUUUCUCACGGGCGUUGCAGUUCCCACAGAGAGGAUGGUCACUCCUGGGUUUGAAGGCAAGGUUCCGAACACGGCCGAGGAGUUCGAAACACGGUACAAAUCCAGCGCAACAUUUGAAAUGGCGAUGCAAGAGAUUCAAUCAGUUUCAGAGGACGUUCUAGCGCGCGAAAUUGCUAACCUAAAGGCCACCCGUGACUUGGAGAAGAAUCGGACGGUGUCACUCUUGUCGCGUAACGAGAGUCCAUACCAUGUUUCCUUUUUCAGACAGGUGAAUGCGUUGACCGUGCGCAUGCAUCCAUGGUUUCGCUGGAUUGCAUACAUCAACCCGGCGAGCUAUGCCUUCGAAGCUGUGAUUGCAAGCGAAAUGGGCCACCGCACUAUGGAGUGUGUGUCGCCGCAACUCGUUCCCUUCGGACCAUCUUACUCGAACGCACAUGGAUACCAGAGCUGCACCGUGCAGGGCUCUGAUCCCGGUCAGUCUGUUAUUCACGGAGAUGACUACGUUGCGUACAGGUAUCAAGCAUAUUCCAGCCACAUAUGGAGAAACGUGGGUAUUCUCAUUGGGUUCUGGCUGUUUUUCGCCUUCUCUACUGCCGUGGCUUUCGAAGUGAACCUUCACAGUGGCUCCGGAUCCAGGGUUUUAUACAACCGGGGACAGUAUAAGAAGCAAAAAAGCAAAGAGAAAGAUCCAGAGUUGGCUAUCAAUACAGUCAAGAUCGACGGCCAACCAGAGCGCAUCACAUCAGGUGGCACGGUUUUCACAUUCAAAAAUAUCAAGUACACUGUACGUCACGAGGGACAGGACAAAUUGCUUCUCGACAGUGUCUCUGGAUUUGUCAAACCUGGUCAACUAGUCGCACUGAUGGGGAGCUCUGGUGCUGGAAAGACUACGCUUAUGGACGUUCUCGCUCAGCGCAAAGAUGCCGGUCGGGUCGAGGGUAGCAUCAUGGUUAACGGGAAACCCCAAGGUAUUAGCUUCCAGCGGGCCACUGGAUAUUGCGAGCAAAACGAUGUACACGAGCCAACUGCUACUGUUUUAGAGGCUCUUCUUUUUUCUGCUCGACUGCGGCAGCCCAUGAGCGUCCCGGAUCUCGAAAAACGGCAGCAUGUCAUCCAGAUAAUGGAUCUGCUCGAACUAACCAGCAUGCAGCACGCUAUCAUCGGCUCACCAGGUGAAGGACUGUCCAUCGAACAGCGCAAACGGCUGACGCUUGCUGUCGAGUUGGUCGCUAAGCCGGCCUUGCUGUUUCUCGACGAGCCGACGUCUGGCCUCGAUGGCCAGUCCGCGUACGAGAUCUGCCGCUUCAUGAGGAAGCUUUCAGCUUCGGGCCAAACGGUUAUAUGCACGAUACACCAGCCAUCAGCGACACUGUUUGAAAACUUCGACGUUCUCCUUCUACUAGCAAGGGGAGGCAAGACCACAUAUUUCGGUCCGACCGGUGUGAACUCAUCCAUAGUGCUGGACUACUUCUCCCACCGAGGAGCACCAUGCGGAAUCAACGUCAACCCGGCAGAGCACAUUGUUGACGUUGUGCAAGGCCGCUUUGGAACGGAAAGUGACUGGCCACAAGAGUGGUUGCACUCUGACGAGUACAAGCAGACAAUUGAGGAGCUUGACGCUCUAAACGACUCUUCAGCUGAGACGGAUGAAUCCAAAACUGGUGUCGCUGUACGUGCAGAGUUGGUAGAGGAGAACAAUAGCGAUUUUGCGACCACUCUACCGUACCAGAUUGUUCUCGUCACGCAGAGACAGCUGGUUUCCUUAUGGCGUAACCCAGACUACGCUUGGAACAAGAUCAGUCUGCACAUCACGAACGCUCUCUUCGGUGGCUUUACAUUUUGGAAAAUUGGAAACUCCUCCUUUGACCUGCAGCUACGGCUUAUGGCUGUUUUCAACUUCGUUUUUGUCGCCCCUGGAUGCAUUAACCAAAUGCAGCCUUUCUUCAUCCGCAAUCGGGACCUUUUUGAAACCCGUGAGAAGAAGUCUAAGGCGUACCAUUGGCUCGCUUUUAUUUCUGCGCAACUUUUGUCUGAAAUCCCACUCCUGGUCGUGUGUGCAACCGUGUACUUUGCCGGAUGGUACUUCACUGCUGGCUUACCAGUUGAUGCCAGCCGAUCUGGACAGGUGUAUCUGCAGAUGAUCUUCUACGAAUUUCUCUACACCUCUAUCGGCCAGGCCAUUGCCGCUUAUUCGCCCAAUGAAUACUUUGCUUCCCUUGCAAACCCCCUGAUUGUCGGUGCCGCAUUGAUCAACUUUUGUGGUGUUGUGGUUCCCUACUCGCUCAUACCGACCUUUUGGCGGUAUUGGCUGUAUUGGAUGGACCCUUUCACGUAUCUCAUUGAUGGCCUCCUGGAGCCAGUUACGUGGGGUGUGGAAGUCGAGUGCACAGCCAGCGAGCUCACCACAGUGCCGUUGCCGCCGAACACGACCUGCGCCGACUACAUAUCUGAAUUCCUGUCCGAGAACGCGGGAUAUGUGACCAACCCUGAAAACACGACAUAUUGUGAUUAUUGUCCUUACAAAAGUGGCUCCGAUUACAUGAGAAGCAUGAACAUCAACGAAAGUUACUAUGGAUGGAGAGAUGUCGGAAUCACUGCAUUAUUCUGUGUAAGCUCCUAUGCGCUCGUUUUCCUUAUGAUGAAGCUUAGAACGAAAGCGACCAAGACAGCAAGUUGA